CCUCUCUUUAUUUUAUCAGAUGGAAACUUUAAACCCUUUAGAUAGCAAGAAAACCGUAAUAAAAAAGGAAAAAGUUGACUCUGUCUCUGCUACUGAAUGUGCUAACUGCGGUACAACAACAACACCUCUUUGGCGACGAGGUCCUAACGGUGAAACUAUCUGUAAUGCCUGUGGUCUCUAUCUUAAGGCUCGUAAUACACUCAGACCACCUACCCUUAAAAGAACAGUCAACAAAAAGACAAUACCCUCAUCAAAUACCAAAAAUGACUGCGGAGGAGGCACUUGUCCAGGUGGUGGUCAGUGUAAUGGCACAGGUGGCUCGACAUCGUGUGCUGGUUGUCCUGCUUUUAAUCAACAUCAAGUCAAUCGACAAGCCCUCAUCUGUGCCAACUGUCGAACGACAACCACACCUUUAUGGCGUAGGGAUGAACAAGGCAAUACAAUAUGUAAUGCGUGUGGUCUUUAUUAUAAAUUACAUAAUGUUCAUCGUCCUGUCAGUAUGAAGCGUAGUGUGAUCAAAAGA